UUCCGGCUGACUCCGCCCCACCCCGGGCGCUGCUGGGAGUUGUAGUUCCUCGAGGGAUUCGGGUCUUCCGGUUCUCGCGUUCUUGGGUCCUCCCAUUAUGCUAUGCGCCUCUGGCCGCCUUGUAGCGGCUCCGGCGUCCGCCACACUUCCCGCCCCGCGCGGGCAGCAGAGGGAACUACAUCUCCCAGGGAACCCUGAACCGCCCUCGGGUGACCACUGGGGGGGGGGGGGGGGCUGGCCAGAGCUUGCGGGCCGGAGGGCGAUUCUGAAGCAGGGGAGGACUCCUCGGACCAUGGCGGGAGGCCUGGUCGGGUGCGAGCUGCGGGCUCGACAGGGCCGCUGCGGGCCUCAGGCUUCCAGGGCCGCAGUUCGGGACGUGGCCGCCGAGGCUGCAGCGCGAAGCCCCAAACCGCCUGCCCAGAGCUGGCGGCGCUUGGAGGCGGCCGGCCAGUGGGCCCUGCUGGCUCUGGUGACGCUGCUGUCCUUCGCCACCCGCUUCCACCGUCUGGACCAGCCGCCGCACAUCUGUUGGGAUGAGACUCACUUUGGAAAAAUGGGAAGUUACUAUAUCAACCGCACCUUUUUCUUUGAUGUGCACCCACCUCUGGGAAAGAUGCUGAUAGGUCUUGCUGGCUACCUGAGUGGAUAUGAUGGUACCUUUUUGUUCCAGAAGCCUGGAGACAAAUAUGAGCAUCACAACUACAUGGGAAUGAGAGGAUUCUGUGCAUUCCUUGGCUCCUGGCUGAUUCCCUUUGCCUACCUCACAGUCUUGGAUCUGUCCAAGUCCCUCCCAGCAGCACUGCUCACUGCCGCCCUUCUUACCUUUGACACAGGAUGCCUCACUCUAUCCCAGUACAUCCUCCUUGACCCCAUCCUGAUGUUCUUCAUCAUGGCUGCCAUGCUGAGCAUGGUCAAGUACAACUCCUGUGCGGACAGGCCUUUCUCUGCCCCCUGGUGGUUCUGGCUCAGCCUGACUGGCAUCAGUCUUGCUGGUGCUAUAGGGGUCAAGUUUGUUGGCCUCUUUAUCAUCGUGCAUGUGGGAUUGAACACCAUUUCAGACCUUUGGCACCUGUUUGGAGACCUCAGUCUUUCACUGGUAACUGUGGGAAAACACUUGACUGCUCGAAUCCUGUGUCUCAUAGUGCUGCCCCUGGUGCUCUAUGUGGCCAUUUUUGCUGUUCAUAUCACUGUGCUGAAUAAAAGUGGUCCUGGUGAUGGCUUCUUCAGUUCUGCCUUCCAGGCCCGGCUCACAGGGAACAACCUUCACAAUGCUUCCAUCCCUGAACACCUGGCCUAUGGCUCUGUGAUCACUGUCAAGAACCUCCGGAUGGCCAUCGGCUACCUGCACUCCCAUAGGCACCUAUACCCUGAGGGCAUUGGAGCCCACCAGCAGCAAGUCACCACCUAUUUGCACAAAGACUACAAUAAUAUGUGGAUUAUCAAGAAACAUAAUACAAACUCAGAUCCACUAGACCCUUCUCUCCCAGUGGAGUUUGUGAGACAUGGAGACAUCAUUCGACUAGAACACAAAGAGACUUCUCGGAAUUUACACAGUCACCGUCAUGAGGCCCCCCUGACCCGGAAGCACUAUCAGGUCACUGGGUAUGGCAUAAAUGGCACAGGAGACUCAAAUGAUUUCUGGCGGAUUGAGGUUAUAAACAGAAAAUUUGGGAACCGGAUCAAAGUGUUGCGAAGUCGAAUUCGCCUUAUCCACCUGGGCACAGGUUGUGUCCUGGGGUCCUCAGGAAAAGUUCUUCCUAAAUGGGGCUGGGAGCAAUUGGAAGUUACUUGCACACCAUACCAAAAAGAAACCCUCAGCUCCAUCUGGAAUGUGGAGGACCAUAUAAAUCCUAAACUGCCAAACAUCAGCCUGGAAGUGCUGCAGCCCAGUUUUGCCGAGGUCUUGCUGGAGUCGCACAUGAUCAUGAUCCUGGGAAAUAAUGGCCUUAAGCCCAAGGACAAUGAGUUUACAUCUAAACCCUGGCACUGGCCUAUCAACUAUCAGGGCCUGCGUUUCUCAGGGACCAAUGACACAGACUUCCGAGUCUACCUACUUGGCAACCCGGUAGUCUGGUGGCUGAAUCUGGUGAGCAUUGCCCUUUACCUCGUCUUGGGGAGCACCAUUGCCAUUGCCCUGCAAAGAGGGGUGCAGCUGCCCAUGGAGCUGGAAGGGCAAAUCCAGAUGUUGCUGCGAGGAGGUGGCCAGAUGCUACUUGGCUGGAUGCUCCAUUACUUCCCGUUCUUUCUGAUGGGCCGGAUCCUCUACUUCCACCACUACUUCCCAGCCAUGCUCUUCUCCAGCAUGUUGACAGGCAUCCUGUGGGACAGCCUCCUGCGACUUUGUGCCUGGGGGUUGGCCUCCUCUCCCCUGGCCAGAGGUGUCUACCCCAUGGGAGUGCUGAGCCUGCUUCUGGUAACUGCCUACAGCUUCUACCUCUUCCACCCUCUGGCUUAUGGGAUGGUUGGUCCCCUAGCCCAGGACCCUGAAAGUCCAAUGGCAGGACUAAGGUGGCUGGAAUCAUGGGACUUUUGAGGCCACUGCAAAGGACUGAGGUCUGGUUCCAGGAACUCUCUGAAGAGAGCCAGCUGCAGAACCAAGUCCUGGACCCUGUCAGCUUGAGGUUGCUGUCCAAGGAGCCCAAAGCAUCAGCCAGGACCAAGCUCUAGGGGCAAACGCAGAUUUCACUCAACACUAACAAACUGCAGCUCUGUCUGCAGUACCCACAAAGGACUGUGUCUCUUGGACCUAAUUCUCCAAGUGUGCAAUAUGAGGAAGGAUGAGUGUGGGAGGGAACGUGUGUCCAGUUCCCUGUGGAGUACAAACUGGCCAGCCGAGAAGCAUAAAUUCUGAGAAGUCGUCCAGGGCUGCUGUAAGAUUUCCUGGUAUUUUUUCACAUUAGAUCUGGCUUGUAAAAUCUGUAAGAAAUUCUCCGACUUCCAAGAGGGUCUCUUGGGCUGAGAGUGCUGGCUCUGUCUCUGCUGAGGGCCCAGUGUGGGAUGGUCUAAGCUACAUUACCCUUCUUCCCAUAAACAAGCAAAUCAGUGGGGAGCAGGCUCCCCAUGACUUUCCCAAAUACCUUCUGUGGAAGCUGAACUUUUUGCCCAUGAUGCACAUAGAACACCAGGCAAUGAGAACGCCUCACCAGCCUGUGGUUGGCUCUGCCUUAGCCCUUGGUUGCUUCUCUAGUACACUGAGGUUGGUGAGGAAACCAUGUUCUAUCCCAUGGCUACACUGUGUUCCCAGGUCCUGUGUGCCAGAGACCAUUUCUGCUAUCCAGACCUUCCUCUGCAUCCAGCCUGGCCAUGAGCACUGAGACAGAGGCAUUCUCCUGGUGGCUGGGAGAACCUCAGCAGCUAAGAGAGAGGAGUCUGAGUGGGGAACCUUAUAUGAGCCGAGAUUCCUGUGAAAUGUCCAGAUGUGGGAUACUUGGCCUCUUAGGGCCAGUAUUCCUAACUCUGCUGGAUAUUUCACAUUUUACUUUCCUAGCCCUCUCCAGAUGACACCCUCUUGAAACUUCAUAGGUUUUCCCUUUCUUUCUGUUACUACUUCACCAGUCUUUCUCCCCGAAGACCCUGAGCACCUAGAAACACAUGACAGCUUCUACAGUCUACCCCUUUGAGCUUCGAGCUCAGAGCUGCUUCUACUUCUUCCCCCAGAGGAAUUAAGAAAACUUUGGGGGUCAGAACCAAACUAACCAAGGCCAGCCCUUUGGCCUGCCUUCCUCCUCUCAGUUGAGGACAAAAUGUUUAUUUGAUCUCAGAAGACUUUGAUGCUUCACGGUUUAAUAAUGACUUUGCCACUCUCAUCUUCCCUCCACUGUAGCUCCCAACAACUCUGACAGGGUCACAGCUCUUUAAAGCAUCUUCAGGAGGCGGUUGCCACGGAGACUGGUAAUUGGUCUCAGGGACAGGCUGUGCUACCUACAGAGUGGUGAGGAGGAAAGCUUCUGGGCUGUGUUUGGCUGCUCAGACCAAGCAUCAUUAAUGUUAAUAGAGGAAAUGCAGCUAUGUCAAAAGCAAGGCAGGACGGUUAAUUAGAUCUGAGGCCCACUGACCUCCCUUUCCCAGGGCUAUAGCCCUUUUGACUUCCCCUCGCAGGAAGCUCAGCCUGUGCCCUGAGUCUGGGCUGCUUGCUUAAUUGCAUUUCUGGCAGGGAUGGAGAAACUCUGUCCUAACUCUCCCUCCCUUUCCUCCCUUCUACAAGCAGAGCUAGUUUCUGUUGUGCACGAGUAGGGCGCCAUCUGGGUGGGGUUUUUUAGAGGUAAAAUGCAGGGAUUUGCUUGGCUGUUAGCAAAGGUGGCCCAUGAUGACAAGCCUGUGUCUUCUUACUUCCAAGAGGAACUUGUUGGAAGAGAGGAGCUGUGUAGGAGCCCAGGGGCAUCCAUCCCCUAAGUGAGGAUGAGGAAGGAGCAAGCUCAUCUAGCUUCAUGUCCACCCUUCUACUAUGACCAUCUUGGGGACAAAAGUUCCCUUCUUUCUUUCCCUACUUUGCUGGGAUGGAGGAGAGAGACCUCCCACCCACUCCCUCUGCUUCCAUGCCCGAGCUGACAGACUUCCCUGGGAACAGAGCUGCCUGGUGUGCUAGCCAUGGCUCAGGUUCUGUUUGGAAGAUGCUGAAAACAAUAGCCAUGGCAAGGGAGAAGGGGACUGCUUCAGGAGUGGGCUGCAGCCCUUGGGAAUGUGACAUCUCAAACUGCUGUCAGACAGCCCAACCUCCAGCCAGUGUCUUGAGCCACAUUUUAUUUUUUUCUAAGUUGCUGGAGUUACUCAGAGGCCAUUUACUUUUGUAAUAAAUAGCUCUUGUUUUUAAUGCCA